CGGCGCUUUCUUGGGCUUGUUCUUCAGUCCCUGUGAACCCAGAAGACAGCAGGCGGCCCAGAGGAGCGCGAUGGGGUGCAAGCUGCUGCUUGGCAUCGGGCAGCAGAUGCUGCGGCGGAAGGUGGUGGACUGCAGCCGGGAGGAGAGCCAGCUGUCGCGCUGCCUCAACACCUUUGACCUGGUGGCGCUGGGCGUGGGCAGCACGCUGGGCGCCGGCGUGUACGUGCUGGCCGGCGCCGUGGCCCGCGAGGACGCAGGCCCGGCCAUCGUCAUCUCCUUCCUGAUCGCGGCGCUGGCCUCGGUGCUGGCGGGUCUGUGCUACGGCGAGUUCGGCGCGCGGGUGCCCAAGACAGGCUCGGCCUACCUCUACAGCUACGUCACCGUCGGGGAGCUCUGGGCCUUCAUCACGGGCUGGAACCUGAUCCUGUCCUACAUCAUCGGCACUUCCAGCGUGGCAAGAUCCUGGAGCGCCACAUUUGAUGAGAUGAUAGGCAAGCCCAUAGGGGAAUUCUCUCGAAAACACAUGGCUCUGAAUGCCCCCGGAGUGCUGGCUGAAACUCCAGACAUAUUUGCUGUGAUCAUCAUUCUUAUCUUAACAGGCCUUCUGACUUUCGGUGUGAAAGAGUCAGCCAUGGUCAGCAAAAUCUUCACCUGCGUGAAUGUCCUGGUCCUGGGCUUCAUCAUGGUGUCUGGUUUUGUGAAAGGCUCUAUCAAGAACUGGAAUUUCACAGAGCAGGAUUUCCAGAACGGCACCAGUAGGUUCUGCUCCAACAAUGACACUCAAAUUGGGGACCCUGGCACCGGAGGAUUCAUGCCCUUUGGCUUCUCUGGUGUCCUGUCGGGGGCGGCCACCUGCUUCUAUGCGUUCGUGGGCUUCGACUGCAUCGCCACCACAGGUGAGGAAGUCAAGAACCCGCAGAAGGCCAUCCCCGUGGGGAUCGUGGCAUCCCUCCUCAUCUGCUUCGUGGCUUACUUUGGGGUGUCGGCUGCCCUCACGCUCAUGACGCCAUACUUCUGCCUGGACAAGGACAGCCCGCUGCCUGACGCCUUCAAGCACGUGGGCUGGGAUGGCGCCAAGUACGCGGUGGCCGUGGGCUCCCUCUGUGCCCUUUCCACCAGCCUUCUAGGUUCCAUGUUCCCCAUGCCUCGGGUCAUCUACGCCAUGGCCGAAGAUGGGCUGCUAUUUAAGUUUUUGGCGAAGGUCAACAAUAGAACUAAGACCCCGGUGAUUGCCACCAUCACCUCUGGCGUCAUUGCUGCUGUGAUGGCCUUCCUCUUCGACCUGAAGGACUUGGUGGACCUCAUGUCCAUCGGCACUCUCCUGGCUUACUCUCUGGUGGCUGCCUGUGUGCUGGUCUUAAGGUACCAACCAGAGCAACCUAACCUGGUUUACCAGAUGGCCAGAACCACUGAUGAGCUAGACCAUGUGGACCAGAAUGAGCUGGUGAGCACCAGUGAUUCCCAGACUGGCUUUUUGAGGGAAGCACAGAGCUGUUCCCUGAAAGCCGUACUCUCACCCAGAAACACGGAGCCGACCAAGUUCUCUGGGUUGAUUGUCAACAUCUCAACAAGCCUCAUAGCGGUUCUUAUCAUCACCUUCUGCAUCGUGGCUGUGCUUGGCAGAAGCGCCCUGAGCCAGGGCGAGUGGUGGGCCAUCCUCCUGCUCGCGGGCUCUGCCCUGCUCUGCGCCUUGGUCACCGCUAUCAUCUGGAGGCAGCCUGAGAGCAAGACCAAGCUCUCCUUCAAGGUGCCCUUCCUGCCGCUGCUGCCCGUGCUCAGCAUCUUCGUCAACGUCUACCUCAUGAUGCAGCUGGACCGAGGAACCUGGGUUCGCUUCGCUGUCUGGAUGCUCAUCGGCUUCACCAUCUACUUCGGCUACGGGCUGUGGCACAGCGUGGAGGCGUCGUUGGCCGCCGGCCCUGCACGGACUCCUGACGACAACCUGGACCGCUGCAAGUGACCCAUGGCGCUGGGCCCUGAGCUCGGCCCCGGGUCACCCCGGCAGUGCCUGGCUCUGCUCCUGCGGCUCUGCGGGCGCCGGGGGACCCCAGCAGGCAGCCCCACGUGAGUGGCCGAAGCCCACCUGGGCCGCCCCCUGUAGGCUCCACACUGCUCCCGGACCUGGGGCAGCCGCCGCUCCCGUCUCCUCGCGGGCUUGGCAGGAAGGAGUCCCCGCUCCUGCAGACCUCCCGGCACACUCCAGACUCCGCCCAGCCCCCCACAGCCAUCUGGCAUGUAAGAUGUCCCACAGGACCCCGGGCCUGGCACAGCCGCCGUCACACGGGGGAGCAC